AUGAUUCCGAUCAAAUCUCAGUCCUCAUGGACUGCUGAGAUUUUGAAUCUGGUGAAGAGGAAGAAUAUUAAAACUAGGUUGAAGAAUACAACAACGUUGAAUGUUGCAUUGGGACUACCAGGAAUGUUCCAAGCAUUCACAUUACAAACACAAAAGAAAUUACAUACUGUGGCAAUCACUUCUUCAACUUUCUCCGUACUAUGUGGUUGUUGUUCCUUUUAUUUGUUAUACAAUUAUGAUAAACGAGAUAAAGUGUUUAGACAUGAACUAAUUACUCUGCUGACGGUUUGCGAUUUUAUAAAGACGCUUAUUUUAAUGAUAUACCCAACCGUACUGAAAUGUGAUAGAAACCAAAUGGGUAAUCAAAAAUUAUAUAAUACAUUGGGAUUUUUAACUGCAUUCGCUAUAGAGGGUGCUGAUUUAGCUAUACUUGUAUUUGCUAUUCAUUUUGCAUUAUUAAUUUUUAAGCCUGAUAUGAAAUGGGAGAAUAAGAAGACAAAAAAUAUCGAUGGGGGCCUUUUCAAAUGUAGGUAUUACGUAUGGCCAAUUGUCAUUAUAUUGCCCUUCGUAUUUGCAUCAUUAGCGUUUAUAGAUUACUCUAUGGUGAAUUUCAAAUUCGAAAAGACAUAUACAGAGCUAAUUAUAGAUGAUAACGAUUUAAAUUUCGAAUUUCAAGCAAGGACAGGAGGUUAUAAACCUUUAUCUACAAUGUGUUAUUUUCCUCCUUCCCCAAUAUGGUACAAGCUGGCCUUGAGUUGGGGAUUAAGAUAUUUUCUUGUCCUAUUCAUCCUAAUCACAUACGCCUGCAUUUACAUAAGUGUCUCAAGACAAACUUCAUUAUUGAAUAGGACAAUGAAAGAAUUAGGUUAUUCACCAAAACAAGAAAAAGAUGAUCCACUUAAGAAAUCUAAUAUAUUUAAAAGAAUAUUGAAAAGCUUUUUCCAAUUAAUUGCACAUGUCUUUCUUCCAAUUAUUGAAAGAGAUGAAUCAGACUCAGAUGAAAGUGCGGAUAAUUUGUUAUUAUUUUCGAUGUCUAAUGUGCAUGAUAAUGAGAACAGCAAUAAUAAUAAUUAUACUAAUAGUAAUAAUGUUACUGAAAAUGGAAAUGUUCAAGCUGGCUUGCAUUUUCAAGAAUCUAACAAACAUAUGGAAUCUUCAACUACUGAAAACAACACAAAAUCAAAUACUGAUAUGUUACACAAUAUAUUUUCAAAAAGAAAUAGAAGUGGGAAUUUAGGCAUCCUCAAUCAUGAAAAAUCAGAAGUUGAUAAUUUACAACAAGGUUUAAGGAGGGAAACAUACUUAGCAAUGUAUCAUCGUAGAAAUAACACGAGGAGUAAUUUAAGAUCGAUCUUCAUAUAUCCAUUUUCGUAUAUUUGUUUAUGGGCUUUCCCAAUUGCAAUUGAUAUUACUCAAUAUAGAUACGAAAUAGAUCAUGGUCCAAUUAUUUGGCUUGCAUAUAUAGGUGCUUUUGUGUACCCUUUAAGUUCAUUUGUCGAUCUUUUGGUUAUUUCAUAUAGAGAGAAACCUUGGAAACAUUCUUGGAGGCAGGUAGAAAAGAAAUCUUUAAUGGAUACCUAUAGAUACGAGAGUCAAAUUGGAGAGGAUGAAAUCAUUAAAUUAUGCAAUUCUCCUUUAGGCAAGUUAGGUUGGUACUAUUAUUCCUUGCCCUCUGAAGAAGUCGGAUUGUUCUCCAGUAUAUUCUCUAUGAGGAAAUCAGAAAAUGGUAAAAGAAUGAAGGAAACACCAUCUACAGACAGUGGAAUUUCGACACCAGGUAGUUUCUCUAGUGGAUCCAAAUAUUCUCAUCAUUCCUUUAAUCAUUCUUCGAACACUAUGAAGUAUAAUAAUUUGUCUUCCUCAUUACCCGAGAUUUCCUUAUACUGGCGCUUAAUCCACACCUUACCAAUGUUACAAGGUGUGAAUCUGUACGAAUUUAAUGAAGAGCUAAAAUCAAUUAAUGGAAUAAGUGAUAUAAUUAGAACUAAAACUGAGAACGAUACUUGCACAACAGUGAAAAUAAUUUCAAAUGUAACCAAGAACAAUUCAACAGUUGCUCACAAUAAUCUCCACACUUUAACAGAAAACAAUGAAUUAAAAAAGGCAAGUAGUGAAAGGCAUGAGGUGGCAUACAAUAUUGAUUUUUCAAACAUUACGUUAAAUAAUACAAACUUUUCAGAUGUCGUAAAUACCACUUCGACUAAAAAUUAUCCAACUACCACACAGCAAAAAAAUGAUGGUAAAGUAACUCUAAUCGAAUUUUUAAGAGGUUAA